UACAAAUCAUCAAACUAUAAAUAGUCAUAAACCCAUUUCAUGUUUUGUAUCAUAUCCCAUUUUUAGGUAUCAAUCACUAUCCCUAAUGGCUAGACCACUUUUAGUGAUCAACCCUUCACUAAGCACUUCAAAUAUUGGUUUUGCUGGUAUGAGCCUUAUGAUGUGUGUUGUUGCGUUGCUCAUGUGUGCUUCUCAUUCACGCAAAUGGCGUCAUUGGCUCGCUUGCAAUGCGUUUGCGGAGGAGCCUGUUAUAGAGCUGAACAAUGACGUUGUGACGAUGAAUGGUUGUGAACAACAACGGGAAGAGGAUUCGAUUUGGCAGAAGAAUAUACUUAUGGGUGGGAAGUGUCAACUCCCUGAUUUCUCUGGUGUCAUAAUCUAUGAUUCUGAUGGCAAUGUUGUAAACCCUGCUAGAACUUCUCUUCCAUUACUAACAUGGAAAUAAGGAUGCGAGGAACCACAACAAGUUUCUUCACUUGAAGAACUAGAUCAAAAUUAGAGUUCCACGAGCGGUGAAAUACAAGGCCUAUGUGUGAUAACAGUUUGACUUUAUUUUAUCUUCUGAUAGUAGUAGCUUUCAUAUAAACACUUAUAUGAUAAGUGUUUAUGUUAUAAGCACUUAAUUAAGUUGUUUAUCCAAACAUGUUCAUAAUAUAAUUUAAUGUCCUUUCAUUGUGGAAAUUAAAGCAUCAUGAAUCUUUAGUUUGAAAGUAUCUUUUUCAUAGGACAGCUCGGUGUACUAAAGCUCUUGCAUACACAGGUCUGGAAAGGAGUCUCAGCA